AUGGGACUUCCGAAAUAUCAGGUGGCUGCUCUGCUGUUAUGCCUUUCCACUCCAUUUGUUUUGGCUGCCGGUGAGCCAGAAGAUGCUGCUGUCGAAACCGACGGCCCGUUGAGAUCAUUUUUGAUGUCAAUUUCCAUGAUUGGUGUCUCUGAGAUAGGCGACAAAACCUUUUUGAUCGCUGCCUUGAUGGCGAUGCGCUACCAAAGAAUGCUUGUUUUUAGCGCUUCUGCUAGCGCAUUGUUUAUCAUGACAAUUCUUUCGGGCAUUGUUGGCCGGACCUUCACGUCACUAGUCCCUCAGCGCUAUACGCAGUUUAUGGCCGGACUGUUGUUUCUGGUAUUUGGCUAUAAGCUCACUCUUGAGGGUCUUGCCAUGCCCAAAGACAUGGGAGUCGAAGAAGAGCUCGCUGAGGUAGAAGAAGAAAUUGCAGUUAAGGACUUCAAUAAAAACAUGAGUCAUGUUGAGAGCGGUGGUGUACAGUCUUCUUCGACGAGUUCCAAAACCGUGUUACAGAAGUAUCCAGCGGUCAACAGUGUCUACAAUCAAGUGGUUGGUACCAUUAGUAGUGUUCUCAGCCCAAUUUGGAUUCAGAUUUUCGGUAUGGUAUUUUUAGGUGAGUUUGGCGAUCGCUCCCAAAUCAGUACGAUUGCCAUGGCUUCCGGGAGUGACUACUGGUUCGUUAUUUUCGGUGCCAUCGUGGGACAUGCAAUUUGUACCGGAAUAGCCGUUGUGGGAGGCAAAAUGCUUGCUUCGAAAAUAAGCAUGCGGACCGUUACGCUGGGCGGUGCUUUUUCAUUUUUCAUAUUCGCCCUUCUGUACAUCUGGGAGGCUUUCGUUAACCCUUACUAG